AUGGUCAAGAGCUAUCCCGGCGACCUCCACGCCAAACCGGCCCGUCCGGCCUCGCUCUUUGAGUUCAUCAUGGCCAACCUCGUGCCCUACUUGAUCAUCACCAAGCUCUACCUCUCGGGCUUCCCCCGUGCUGUCUUCGAACAGCUCCGUCACCCGCACCCGCUCAACCUGAUCAACCCAUUCCACUGGCAGAAGCUCAUCUUUGCUAACGGCUUCGGUCCAGUCCUUCGAGCCUCCGAUGAGAUGUACAAGAACAUCAAGCAGCCUCUCCUCUCCUCUGCCUACGGACGAAUUCUUGAGAUCGGAGCUGGAUCUGGCGACUCCGUGGGUCACUACGAUGCGGACAAGAUUGAGCGCCUGUUCUGUCUCGAGCCGUACGAGCCGUUGCGCAAUCAGCUCAUCGCAAAGCUGAACAAGCUGAACUUGUCCAAGAAGGGCACGGUCAUCCCUGUCGGCUUGGACAAGACGAGCCGUCCUGCGCUGCUGCAGGCAGGCAUUGAACCUGCUUCGCUCGACACCAUCGUUCUCUUCCAGGUGAUGUGCUCGAUCCCUGACCCCAAAACUCACCUGGACUUCCUGCAAAGCCUUUUGAAGCCAGGGGGACAGAUCAUUCUCUUCGAGCACGUCGGCAGCAAGCAUACACUCGCUAGGAUCAUUCAGACAGUCUGGACUCCCAUCUGGUCACGCAACUUCGGAGGAUGUGAGCUGACCAGAGACUCUGGCGACUGGCUCAGAGACAUCGGUGGCUGGAAGGCCAUUGACAUCAAGCGUCCUGUCCACGAGACAACGGCCGAUCUCAUUCCGCACGCCGUCGGACGUCUUGUCAAGGCUUGA